ACUCUAAGAAGAAACUGGGAAGAUUUUUCUUAUUAUUAUGACACCAAAUUGGAGAACCAAGAAGAGCCUUCCAUUGAAUCAUUGGAACAGAAACACAUAACUUUUUCAGUGAUGUCCUACAACAUUCUUUCUCAAGACUUACUGGAAGACAACAUUUAUCUUUACAGACACUGCCGUUACUCUAUAUUGAACUGGGCGUAUCGACUGCUAAAUAUCUUAAAGGAGAUCCAAGAACUUAAUGCAGAUAUUUUGUGCCUUCAAGAAGUUCAAGAUAACCAUUACAGAAAGCAGAUUAAACCACGCUUAGAGGAAAUGGGUUACCAGUGUGAGUACAAGAUGCGAACAGGAAGUAAACCAGAUGGCUGUGCAAUAUGUUUUAAACGAUCCAAAUUUACACUGGUGGAAGCAAAACCUGUAGAAUUCUACCGCCGUAGUAUUCAGCUGCUUGACAGAGACAAUGUUGGGCUAAUUACACUGUUGCGGCCUAUAGUUCAGUGUGAUACCCCUUCUAAUAUCUGUGUGGCAAAUACUCAUCUACUGUAUAAUCCAAGGAGAGGUGAUAUUAAGCUAACUCAGCUGGCAAUUCUUCUUGCAGAGAUGAACAGAAUGGCCUGUCAAGAAGAUGGUACAUACUGUCCUGUUAUCCUUUGUGGUGACUUUAAUUCUGCCCCAUUUUCCCCACUUUAUGACUUUAUUGUAGAAGGAAGACUGAACUAUUAUGGACUUGCUAUAGGAAGGGUAUCAGGUCAAGAAUCACCUCGCAGAGGGCAGAGAGAAUUGCCUGUUCCCAUCUGGCCAAAGAAAUUGGGGAUAUCUCAGAACUGUCAGUAUGAAACAGAUCAGCAACCAGCUUCAGAGGACACAAAAGCAGAACCUAGUGCUGAAAGUGAUGAUGAGUCAUCAGAAGAAAGUGAUGAAGAGCUUUCUCCAGACACUGAGCGACUGUUAUCACAACUGAGGCAUUCAUUCUGGCUGUCCUCUGUGUAUUCCCACUAUCUGUCAGGAACCGAUGAACCAGAGGUGACAACUUGCCACUCCAAAACUUCCCUCACAGUUGAUUAUAUUUUUUACUCUUCUGCUAGGAAUAUUUAUGUGCAACCAGCAGAAACAACAGAGUAUGCUGUUAGAAUGGAACAGUGGAGAACAACCUGGGAACAAGUUAAGCUGCAGCAUCAAGAAUGGACACCAGUUCCACCAGCUGCUGUAAGGGAACCCAGAUCACCUCAUAAUCCACAGGCAGUAGUGGAACAGCAGUGGAAUGUGUGGAAAGAUUCUUUUAAAGGAGAAAAAAAUGAUGAAAUGGGACCCGCAGAAGGAUUAACAAAGUGGGGUCAGAAUCAAGAAACUGAAAAUAACAUGAAUGAGUUUAACAAGGACCAGCACAUAGCAGCCAGUCAACAAGACCAGCCCAAGCAUCCAGAAGACUCUGCUGCUGAGACCACAGUAGAACCCCAGUCAUCAUCCACUGCGCAGAUAAUGAAAGAAAAGUGUAGUUAUUCUGAAAAACUUGCUGAAAAAAAAGAUGCAGGAAACUCCAAGUUUAAAUUCAAAGAAGAGCAGUACACAGGAACCAGUCUGCAAGAUCACACUAAGCCACAGGAAAACUCUGCAUCUACAGAGACCAUGUUAGAAUCUCAUUCUUUAUCCAUUGCUCGUAAGAUGGAAGAACAAUCAAGUCAUUUAGAAGGCACUGCUGAGGAACAUAAAAAUGAUGGUGAGCUUUAUCAGCAAUGUUAUGCACAAAAUGAAGAAAAACUUAAUGAACAGGAGAAGUAUGAAGAAGCAUGGAGAUUAUAUAAUGAAGAAUAUGAAAGAAAAUGGAGAAAGUAUGAGAAAGAUUUAAACACGUGGAGGUUAUAUAAAGAAGAAAAAGCUGCAUAUGACUUCCAGAUGGAACAGUGGAGAACAGCUCAGCAGCAGGAAGGCUCAUUAGUUGCUGAGACUCCUGUAGGAGAUUAUGACGUAUCAUCUCAUCCUCAAAAGAUGGAAGAAGAGUGGAGUAGUUGGGAAAGCCAUGCUAAAGAGCACUGGAAUAAUGAUGCUAAAAAUACGAACCACAAAAGUUUGAAACUUAUUGGUAGAUUGUCACUUCUAACAGAGAGGGAUUUAUGGAAGGUGGACGGCCUUCCUAAUGAAAGGAACUCAUCAGACCACAUACCUUUAUUAGCUAAAUUCAGAUUGGACUUAUGAAACCUUGUGCUGCAGGACUGAGAUAUUAAAAACAAGUUUAUCUUCAAGAGUUCUGCAAAGCUGGAGUAACUGCUAAAUGAUUCAUGCAUGCAUAAUGUUGGUUUUCUAGUAUGUUUUUUUUAUUUGUGACAAAAAUCUGAUUUUUGUGAUAUUUUUAUAUAGAAGGCAGUCAGUAUGUUUAAAUAUCUUGAUAUUGUAAGAAAUGUCAAUGUAAAAAAAUAUAUAUUUGUGUAUAUAGAAUUGUUUCAAAAAUUAAAUUUUCAUUGUCACAACUUCUGACCAUUUUCCAAUAGGGAUGUUGGGGUUUUUUUAAGCCUUCAUUUCUUAAUCAUCUCAUGGUGACCUUUGAUAUAUUUGAAAUACGUUUAUAUGAUAUAUUUUCAUACUUUUAUCAACUUGAUUCAAAAAUUUUCUAGGUGGACCUAGAAUUACAGUUUCCUCUUUGUAGAAGAAAAACAUCAUAGCUACAUAUUCUUUGAAUUAAUAUUUGCUUCCAAACAUUUUAGGCAAAAAAUUUAUUUUUUUUUAUUUUGAAAGCUGGCAGAGGGUUCUGUCUUUUUCUGGCAGAUGAGGCAUGAGAAGUUAUGAAAUUUGCAAUUAACCAGACUGAUGCCUCCUUUUGAGUUACAUUGAAUGUAAUCCGUAACUGUCAGAAAAAAUGUAGUAUUUGUAGUAAAAUGUUCUUAGUACAACCUUUUUUGACUGAAGAUAUGCAUAUGUGAAGUUUAUGACAAGCCAUAUCCAGCUCUGCUAAACUGGACAAGCUCACCAAUAUUUUUUUCUCUGUCCAUCUACUGUACAGUAUUUGUACUAUGAGCUAGAUUAAGGAUAUACUUGAAAGAAAGUUUAUUUUGUACCAGUACCUAAGCAUAUCCACUGCUACUUAUAAGCUGGUAGGUAGAUCAGGUGAAUGGCUAGCUGAUCAUAUUUUGAAACUGUAAACUGAAACAAUGUCUUCAGAAGUGUAGACAACUCUUAUAAUUUGCAGAGCUUUCUUUUAACAGUGUUGUACUGAACAUCAGAAAGGAAGAUCCAUGUUUUUGCUGACUCAUUUGCAGUUUGAGAAUGCGAUGAUUCUUUUACUUUUUAGGGCUAGCUACUUAAUCCCUAUUAGCAAAUUUCAGGCUGGAAUCUUGUGCUGCAGGAUUGUGCCUUUAUAUUAAAUUCUGAUGUAUACAAAACAUCUCUACAACCGAUACAGAGGGUAGAUAGAUAGUAACCAUGUCAUUUAUUCAUUGAAAGCAUAGUAUGACAGCCAUGGAAUGAGAAAAGACCUGUCUGUGAUAGUGCAGCAUAUAUUGCUAUGAUGUCCUUCCUUUUCACUUUUACAGUAUUCUUCACUCUUGGGAUAUCCAGCCAAUGAUAGCCAAACAUCCAGCCAGCAUACCAAAGCAUUUACACCUUCCAGGCACCAUAUGUCAGAAGCAUGUCCUACUUUCAAGGCAUAAGGUACAUAUGUGACAUGAGUGCCUAAUCUGCAGAAUUUCUUUGCUCCAGUCCAAAUAUUACCUUUGAAUUCAGGGCUGUUCAGCGAUUUAGUUCAAAUACCAAGCCUUCUAAAGUUAAAUGCCCUGCUGAGGUCUCCUACUACUCUUUUUUUUUUUUUUUUCUUUUACUUUAGUUUACAUAUCAUCUAGGAAGGGAAAAUGUGACAUUGCAGGAGAUAGGCUACCCAUAAAAAAGACAAGAGAAGUGCCUUUUUUAUUUGGGUGCUACACAUGACCAUAUGCAGUUUGAGAUUUGUCAGGCAUUUGUCCCUAAGACAGUCUGUAGAUGUCUGUGGUAUCUUUUCAUUUGUUUGCAGAACCAGAGGUUGAAGCUUUUGGUUCAGAGUACCAUGGCCAAAUCCACCUGCACCAACGUUCAGCCACAUAGAAAGCCAAAAAGGUGUGUACUGACCCUGCUGCUGUCCAGCCUCCACCAGACUUCUGUAUCAGGUAGAAGAACCUGAGGACCUCCCAAUGUCAGCUACAUGUACCAAGACCCAUUUUGAAGCUGACACGGAGCUGUCUACCUGCACGUCAGCUGAGGCUGUGCCUACGUCUGAUGCAGACAUGGAAGGGGAAUUGUGGCUUAUUAUAUCAAAGGAGCUUAGAGGGAUUCCCCAAAUACCUGCUAGGGAAGAGGUGUCUGGUACCUUCAUUGAAUCUAGGCAGGGCUCUGAACCUGCUAGAUUUGUUAAAGCUGACAAUCCUUUAAAAAAGAAGCACAAGACUAGGCAUGUGCCCCCUGUGGCUAAGGAUCCCCACAAAAAUGUCAGAAUUUUACUUGGUGGGGGGGGGGGGGCUUUCAGUGUUGCCAUGGCUGUAAAGCCCCCUCAAGGAUUAUCUGUUCCUGCUUUUGUUCCUAGUCUUUCACUCUUUUCAUGUGUCCUAGGGACUUUGAUUCAUCUGAUGAAGAUUUAGACUGUGGUGAGGAGACAUUGGCUUACUCUUCUCACAUUCACAUUCCUCUUGUCCUAGAGUUUGAAGAAGAGGAUUCACUUUCUCCUUACUUGUUUCGUGUGAUGGAGCAUUUUAAGUGGGAUUGUUCUCAGGUUUCUGACAUUCAAAAAAGUUGUUAUGAACUCUUGAAAAUAGAUUCUACUCAGCCUUUUGUAGUCUGUCCAGUGCUGGAUACCGUUUUGGAUACUUUCAGUGCAGCUUCUCUAGCCUCCAAUUCUCAGCCUCUUGCUCCUAAAAAGCCAGACAGUUUAUAUAAAGUUCCUUCCUCUGAUUCUGCUGUUAUUUCUGUGACCCUUGAUAAAACCAGAUUAGCUGCUGUCCUGUUCUAUACUUUUACCUUCUGAUAAAGUCUGCCAUGCCAUGGACACGUAUGGUAAAAAAAAAAAAAAGUGUGUAUACUUCUGCUACCUUAGCCUUCAUGAAUAUUAAUUACUAGACCCAUAUAACUAGGUAUGUUUUGGCUCUUAUCUCUAAACAUGGGGGCAUUCUGGCUAAUAUGCCUGAUUUGAAGGGUAAGUCUUCUGCCAUUUUCCCUUUUGAGUUCUGCUUCUCAAGUGGCUCUUCAGUCCAUUAAAAGGAGUUAUAAUACUGCUGAUGCCUCCUGUAGGGCAGCUGCAUCUGGAUUUGUAAUCCGGAUGCAUUCUUGGUUGUGCCUGUAGUCUGUGCCUGAAGACAAAAAGGCCAAAUAAUUAGACUCCCACUUAGACGACCAGAAUCUGUUUGGCACUGCUGAAACUACCUUCAGGAUAAGAGUGAAGUUAUGCAAGAUUUAAAACAAAUCUUUUUCUCUUGUUCCUAAGUUUCAGAGAAAUUAUCUAUGAAAACUUUCUUUUAUUUGUAGGUAGCCUAAACAGUCUUCUAGGGGGCAAGACUGCUUCUAGAAGAGUUUUUCUAGACAAGCCUUUUAAGGGUCAAAAGCUUCCUUUCCCUGGCAGAUCUGCUUCUAUUUAACAUUCAGUCACUCCUAUCCUUCAGCCAGAUUCCUCAGUUUCUCAGGUUCAUUCUUUCUGUUUGAACAUAGAUAACCACACGUGCUUGGGUCCUUUCAGUUAUCCAAAAUGGUUAUUUUAUGGUCUAGAAGUCCCUUUGUCCAUUUUACGGCCUUCUUCAGCCUCUUCCUUGUCAGUUUUCACAUUUCCUUUAGUUCUUCAGGAUUUGUUAGUACAAGGAACCAUUUGGCCUGUCCCCUUGUCUUCAAAGGGAGCAUGUUGUUAUUCCAGGAUGUUUCUAGUUCCAUUCUAGGCCUGCCAUUUCUCAAGGUUCCCUCUUUCAGAAUAUCUCUUUAGACACUUUUCUCUCUGUUGCUUCUUCAAGAUUUUCUGGUAUCCCCGGAUUUGAAGGAUGCUUACCUCUACAUUCCUGUUCACCUUCUCUUCAGGAAGUUUUUAUGUUUCUAUUUCUUCCUGUCAUCAUUAGUUCUCUGGUUUGCCUUUUAGUCUUUCUGCAGCUCCGGGGAUCUUUACCCAAUGUCUGGCCCCUGUGGUAGCCUUCUGCAGACUUCAUAGAAUUCCCUUCCUUGGAUGGGCUUGAUUCCCCUCUCAGCAGCUUCAGGAUCUCCACUUCACUAUGCUUCUUGUAUGCAGUAUUUGAUUCACCCUCAGUCUCAAAAAGUAUUUGUUGACUCCCCCGCAGGACUAAGUGUUCUUAGGUCACAGGAUUCAGGCCAUUCUAGUGUUUGCUUUCCUCCCACCUCCCAAGGUCCUCUCUUUGACUGCCUACUUCCCGUCCCUUCUCCUUCUUCCAGUCCUUCCAUCAAGGGAAUUUCUCUGAGCUCUGGGGUACAUGGCAACCACCAUUCCCAUGGUUCUCUUUGCCAAGCUCCUCAUGAAGAAAUAUGAAUGGUAUCUCAAGACCAUUUGGCUCCAGCACUGCCAUCCUUUGGAGUAUCUGUUUUCUCUUUCCUUGUCUCAAGCUCGAGCUCUGCUGGUAGAUUCACCAGAUUUCACUGAAUUCAGGUCUGCCAUUUCAGGUUCCUCUCCCUACUCAGGAGCUACACAUAUGCUUCAAAUCAAGGUUGUAGAGCCUCCUACAACAAUCCUGGAUCUUUGGCCCAAUCAACAACUGGCAAACCUUAUCAACAUCAAGGAGAGGAGGGCUGUACUUCUAGCUUUCCAGGCCUUUCACUCACUUUGGAUGAUAGGUCAUCUAAAAGUUUUGACAGACAAUACCACAUUCAUCAGCAAACAGGGGGGGGGGGAUCUUAUCUUCUUUGCAGGCUGGCUCUUCAGGCUUGGGAUUUUGCAGUCUGCCAUAAUUUGGUUCUUCAGUUACUCUGCAUUCCUUAUGAUCCUAGUCUUGUGGCAAACUGUUUGAACAGGUCCAGGGCAAAUCCUCAUGAGUAGAUCCUUCACAGGUAGGUGUUUCUGGAGAUUGUACAUCUUUGGGAUACUCUUCAAGUAGAUCUUUUUGCCUCCCCUCUGAACAAAUGUCCCCAAUUCUUUUCAAGAGAGCCAAGUCCUCUGGCUUGAAAAGUGGAUGCAGUGUCUUUUUCUUGGAAGAGGAUGUUUCUGUAUGCAUAUCCCCCUCUUUACCAAAGGUCCUGCACAAAAUCUUGUGAGACAGGCCUAGAGUCUUGUUGGUGACUCACUUUUGACCUGGACAGCACUGGUUCCCCCUUCUAUUUGAUAUGGCCAGGGACAGUCAUCACAAGUCACCGCACAGAAUGGAUUUUCUCAUACAACACAAGAGAUCUCUCAUUCCCCCACAUUUCACCACCCUUUACUUGAUACUUUGAGUGAUAUGGUUUUAAUUCUGUUUAGACACCAAUUUUCUGUGAACGUGCUUUAGGUUUUGAAGGAGGCCAGAAAAAACACUAAUUGAAAAAAUGCUAAUUGAAAAUUCUAUGUGACUUAAAUGGAUGAAAAUUUCUAUUUGGUUCUCAGGCAUGACCCGGACAGUUUUUGUGUGGUAUGGUCUUUUCUUAUUUGUGUGAGACGCUCAGUUGUGGCUUGUUGUAUUCAUCUGUUCAUUUGUCUGUCAUUUCCACUUGUUUGCCUUUGUAUCCACCUCUGGCUUCUUCUUUUGAAGUCAGUUUCUGAAAGGUGUUAAUAUUCUGUCCUCCUCCUUGGAACCUUAAAUUUGUUCCUGAGAAAUUGACUCAGUCCAUGUUAGAACAUGCAGUUUCCUCUUCCCUACAACAUUGUACUUGGAAGACUGUAUUGUUGACGGCUCUUAAUUCUGCCUGGAAGGUCUCUGAACUUCAAGCACUCAUGGCAGUUCCACCUUUUUUGUUUUUUUUCACAAGGACAGGGUGUGUCUUCAUACCAAUUCUUCUUUUAUACCCAAUUUGAUUAAUGAUUUGUCUGUGAAUCUGUCCAUUCAUCUUCCUCCUUUUUUCCCUUCUCCACAGAAUCCUAGUGAAAGGGUACAUCACACGUUGAAUUUACAUAGCUCAGAUAUUACUUAGACAAAAUAAACCUGUCUGGUAAUCUGAGCAGCUUUUUGUUUCCUUUCAUCCCGAGAAAUUGGGUUUGGUGUUAUCUAAACAAACCAUUGUCUCCUGAAUUUCUAAGCUCAUUUCUUUUUGCUAUUCUUUUCAUGUCAAGCAGCUUUCUUCUUCAAUUUGUUCUUAUUCUGCCAGGGUAGUGGCCUGUUCUGGUGCUUUUUUUUUCCAAGGGUCUGAAUACUAGAUCCAUGCUGGAAACUGGCUACUUGAUUUUUCUCUCCACACUUUUACUAAACAUUACAACUUAGAUGUCAUUUCUAGGGCCAGGAUGGAUUUUGCCAGGGCCAUCCUUCAUGGAUUCUUGGAGGGCUUUUCUAUGGCUAUCUCCCCCUUUCCAUGCUCUCCAGUAGCUUUUGUACUCUCCCAAGAGAGAAGAAUACUGAAACAGUGAUAAGGAAGAACAUAGUACAGUUGUGCAAGAUCUUACUGUAACAGUAGAGGUUGUACUUCUCACUUUUGUAGUAUUCUGUCUCUCCCUCAUGCCCCCUGUUUUUUUCUGUUGCUUUCCUUCUGGCAAAGGGUUCUUUCUUGCAUCCUUUUCUCUUCCUGGAUGUACAUUAUUGUUUUCCGCUGGGGUUGCUCUUGUUUUUCUAGGCACUUCAUUUCUAAAGAAUAAGUGCUUGAGCAUCACUUACAUACCUUAUGCCUUGCACAUAUGACAUGCAUCUAACGUACGGAAGCCGGAAGGUGUGAAUGUUUUGUGUGCUGGAUGGACAUUCGGCUACCCCGAGCAGGAUAUCCCAAGAGUGAAGAGUACUGCACAGUGAGAAGUAGGACAUCCACUGUUCUGAUAAAGUCUUAACACACCUGUACUUUCCACACAGCUGUAUUUUCCAGUAUCUGCUGUCCUGUUAAGAAAACCAGAGAUUUUUUGUCCAUUAUUGGCGUGUUUUACUUUCCCUAACAAGUUCAACUACAGGCACAUGGGCUGUCUUUUUCUCUGGCUAUUGUUCUAUAACUGUGUAGCUGCUACGGAAACAAAUGUUGGUGAUGUAGCUACAGUAGUGAUGAUAACCAACCUUACCAGUUCAGUAUCGUUUUAAUACUUGUGCCUGUGUUGUCAUAAUUAAUUAAAGAUGUUUGGAAUCUGAUAAUUAUCUUCAGUCACAGUUAUUCAUUCCACUGUUAUAAUUUGUUGGUGUUCUGAAGAAGCAGACUGUGCUAUCACAAGCAGCAAGUUUAAUUCAGUCCCUGAACCUUUAAUUUGCAAAAAAUAAUGGGUGAUGGAAGUAAGAAAUGCAGCCAAAUUUCAACUGAAUGUUAAAUGUAAAUCUUAUAUGUUGCUAUAGAGUUUACUGAUACCCACUAUUGCAUGUACUAGUCUAACCAUAUGGGACAAGUAUCUCAUUUAAAUUUACAUUGUGGAGACAAACAUCAUCUGGAGUCUUUGUAAUUUUGCUAAGUGAUGUUGUCUCAGACAAUUUUUUUCAAUUAUGUAAACACAGCAUGAAUUAUUUUUACAUGAAAAAAGUUUACCUUCCCAGUAUCUCAAAAGUCAUAAAAAAGUACAUCUCAAAAGUCAUUAAAAAAGUACAUGAUCUUUUAAUUUCCAGCCAUGAACUAACUGUAUCUGUAAUCUCCCAUUUAACAAGUUUCUCUUGUUUACUUGUUUCCUAAUAAAACUGUGUGUAACA